ACAUACACACCCACACCACCACGACGAGGGGCAGAAGGCGGAACUUCCGUGCACAUCUAUGCAUCUUUGCCUCUGCCGGUCGUACGUAUACAAACAUGCAUAUGUAGAGCUCACCAUUCAUGUACAGCCUAAUGAUAUAGGCCUAUUACUGAGCUCGCCAUUUUGUUUAAGGAGUCAUUCUGGUACACUUGCUCUCUGGCUUAAAACUCCGGCGUUGGAACCUGUCUCAUCACGGUAGAUGAAACACUAAGGUGUGAUCAUGGCCACAUCAAGUGUGUUACGGACCACAGACGACUUCGACCCCCAAAAAGUAGGGGAUUGGUGUGAUCGGAAUUCUGUCCAUGACUUGUCCAACGAAGUCCGGAAGGGAGACCUUUUGGAGUUUGACUGCAAGAAGCCCUUCGGCUGGGCUGUAUGUACUUCUCGAUCGGAAGAUAACGUGCAAGUCGUCUUCUACUCCUCCUUCGAAAAACUUUCCGAUGGCACGUUGGUCACGGUGCUCGACACCCGUCGCGUGCGAAUCAACAACGCUAUAGUCCACCUUCAAAGCCUGUCAGAUUACAACGGCUUGGAGAACAACAGGCUGCAGGUCAUCUCCCACUUCCUUGGCAACAGGUCACUGAAUGACUUUAUAUUUAACCGGAUAAACAAUUGUGAACGUUGGGCUGAUACCUCCGUGGUAGAGGUCCUAGUAGUUUUGGCACGAGUACUGUUAUCGUCCCUGGAGUUAAUAUUAGAUUUUGCAAGGAGUCAUCUGCCACAUCAGCAGACCGACGUCGGGAACAUCGGAGAAAAGACCACAUGGUACAGUAAGGACCAGAUCGAUGACUUGAUGUCCGCUGUGUGCUUUGGUGACAGGCUGCAGUACGAUCGCAAAGGACCCUACAGGCACUGGGGCGUGUGCAUUGGUCGAUUGGGAGGCGAACUGCUGACUCUUCACUUCUCUCCUCGCGGAACUGGGCUGAAGUUUGCGACGAAGAAGGUCUCCAGUAGCGCGUCGUAUGCCAAAGACAGCCCCCAGUUCCGUGUAGACGCAGCCGGGAGACCCAUCAGAACCGUGGGGUGAGGAUCAAUAAUAAAAAAGACACCGAAUUCCAACCGCUAGAGGCGGGAGCCAUCCUCCACGAAGUCCUAUCCCAUCUGCUUAGGAAAAUCCUUUUCGACAAGCCCAAGUUCAGUACCUUCAGUAACAACUGCGAGCACUUCGCGAACGAAUGUCGAUACUCCGAGCACCACAGUGAUCAAGUACCAGCACCUGGAGAUUGCUACCGUAACAUUUUGAAGAACUUGAAGCGCCUCGUCCUGCGGGAUUCGCCUGAAACUCAGUGACGACAGCUGGAGUUGUGGAGAUGCUGAGAAACUCAUACAACUUAAAAGCUUUGUAUGAUUAGAACUGUGGGGGACGGUUUUCAAAGUGGGGGGGGGGACUGGAGUACUUAUAUCCAAAGGCGGCAACUUUUUUGCUAUUAAUUAAAGGUCAUAUCAGUUUCAUCUAUGCUUCUGUUCUUUCUGAACUUCACCGAGAAUCAUCGGUAAGCCGUUUAUACAGCCUAAAUCAAAGCUUUGAUAAAACACCUGAACUUCAGAAAUCGAAACCUCUCACAUUAUUUUUAAAAGACUCAUUGCUUGUGCUAUAGAAGAUGGAUCUGGGGCUAGGGCCUAUACGUUGAACUGGAUUGUCCCAAGUCAGGGUUGUCACGUCGAAAUAAAUGAGCCUGGUGCUGACCUUACAGUCGAAGUAGAAGUAUGAAAAACGCCCAAGACUGAUAAUACCAUACAGCUUAAUAUCUCGAAGCAGUUCCAUUUAUCUGCGGCACAGGAUUAAGACUAAAAGAACGGGUUUUUUUCAGGAGUUGAACCUUUAAGACUCAAUUUUUAGACUGGGUAACUCUUUGCGGUCAUUUUGACACCAUUUUUGCAAAACUCGAACAUACCGCUCUUGCUCAGGGCGCUUUUGCCCGAGACGGGUCAGCCAAAAAUGUAUACAUUUUUCCGCUGGUACUCAUGAACUUCAGAUGACCGUAACAAAACCCAUACGUUCGAUGGAUUUCAAACUUCACAAUUCACAGUUGUGAUGAUUAGUGCCUGAACAUACUUGCCGUCUUUCCAAAAAAAUCGGGCGUGGCACAGCUGAAUGGGGGGGGGCAGAAUCCGCCCCAGCUGCAUGUUAGAUGGGAUCUUUUAGGGUUAAUGCUAAUUUGGCACUUAGCUUGUGAUGUGAUGUUAGUGAAACUCAACCGGCCCUCUAAGAAUGUUAUUUCAAUGAAACAAGGUUAUCUAAAAAAUGACGACAAUUAUUCAGUAUAAUCAUAUGAGUAGGCGUAUAGGGCCUAUCCCAAGGCUACAUAGCGUACUGAUAAUCCCGAAUGAAUAAGCUAUUGCGCCCACUAUUUUGCAUAUAAGUAGUUACCGAACUGGUACUUUAAGUACUUGUGUCCCAACAUGUAACACACACGAGUGACACAAUUGCGAAGAGGUUCUCGAAACGUUAUAGUCUUGGUAGACUAUUUUUAUUCUGUAUCCGUGGCAAAGGCCAAAGUCUUCUUUAAAUUGGUGUGGAUUCUGAGUCAAUCAGCGGUUCGUUUUGGAUUCAGUACUUUCAAAUCAAUUAAGGGCGCUGCUUUUGCAUCGGAAUUCUGUGGGACUUUUCAUAACCCGAGCAAAUAACUGUGUAGAUGAAUAACAAAGACAUGGAAUGAUACAAUAUGCUGUCUGUUUGAAUGUAUUUUGUAAUAUUUUAAAUAGGCUGAGAAGCACAUUUGUAAAGUAUGGAUUUACUACAAGAUAAGGUGAAAUUUAACCACAUUUGUAAAGUAUAGAUUUACUACUAGAUAAGGUGAAAUGUCAAUGUGAAGCAGCAUGACGCCUUUGUGAAUUUAUAUUCACAUGCCUGGACACUAAUUAAAUGCGAUUGUUAAGCAAAACUUUCGAGUAUCUGUUAUUCGUUUCCAAGCUUUUCCAGUUAAAUUCUCUCUAAACUAGCCUUUGCAUGGCAAUGAAUGCAUUGUCUACGGGCUAAAGCUAUGUAUAUGAAGCUAAAAUGCUCUUUAUUAAU